AUGGGGAUUCAUUCCAAUUCCAAUUCCAAUUCCAUCUUUCUGUUAUUCUCCACAGCUUUAUUCUUUCUCCUCUCGAGCUCUAUUGCAGUAGACACCAUCUCUGCAAAUCAAACUAUAAGAGAUGGCAACACCAUCGUAUCACACGCUGGGAUGUUUGAACUGGGGUUCUUUAGCCUUGGAAACUCUAACAAUCGGUAUUUGGGAAUAUGGUACAAGAAGAUAUCAGUUUGUACUGUCGUAUGGGUGGCUAACAGGGAGACACCAAUUUCGGAUACAUCCGGCAGGUUUCAAGUCAGUAGAGAUGGAAACCUGAUGGUUGUCAGUGGUGGGAAUACUGUAAUCUGGUCGUCUAAUUCCACGCUAUCAGACCGGAAUCUUGAUCCGGUGGCACAGCUUCUCGAAACCGGAAAUCUAGUUGUGUGGGACAAAAGUAGCACCAAAAAAAGACUCAUCUGGCAAAGUUUUGAUUACUUUGGUGACACAUUGUUGCCAGGAAUGAAGUUUGGGAAGGAUUUGGAAACAGGUAGAGAGAGGUAUUUGACACCUUGGAAGAGUCCUGAUGAUCCUUCUCCAGGUCGAUAUUUAAUUUGGGUAGACACAAAUGGGUAUCCACAGAUACUUCGGAGGGAAGGUCGAGUUUUGCAAUCGAGACUUGGACCGUGGAAUGGUCUCGGGUUUAGUGGCCUUCCUAUUGACAUACCUAAUCCAAUUUACUCAAGCGAGUUUGUUGUUGACCAGAAGGAAAUCUAUUUCAGAUACGAACUUUUAAGUUCGGUUGUUCAGAGGAUACAUUUCACGUGGGACGGCAAGACACUGCAGAUGCACUGGAUAGAGAGAACACAAGAAUGGGUUGUUUAUGCAGAUGUUGACGCAGAUAGUUGUGGUCGUUAUGCAAUAUGUGGUCCUUAUGGAAGCUGUAACAUCAACAGACGUCCCCCUUGUAGUUGUAUUAAAGGUUUUGAACCAAGAAUCCCAGAAGAAUGGAAGGCAUCAGAUUGGUCGAGUGGGUGUCAACGUAAAAAGCCUUUAAAUUGUGGAAGUGGGGAUGGAUUUCAGAAGAUAUCAGGGGUGAAACUUCCAGAUACACAAAGGUCAUGGUACAAUUUGAGCAUGACCCUUGGAGAAUGUGAGAUGGCAUGCAGGAAGAAUUUUUCUUGUACAGCUUAUGCAAAUUUAGAUAUCAGAAAUGGUGGAAGUGGAUGUUUGCUAUGGUUUGAUAAGCUGAUGGAUAUCAGAGAGUAUGAUGUAGAUCAAGAACUUUAUAUAAGAAUAUCUGCCUCUGAGUUAGCAACAGCAUACAAAGGGAAUGGGGUACUCACCUUAGUCCUGUUAACUGUGCUCCUUCUGUUUGCAGUAGUGUAUGCCUGUAGAAAGAAAAAGAAAAGGCUUCGUAUGAAAGGAAAAGGAAACUGGUAUGGUCUUGACAAAACGAAUACAAGCAUUCAAAUGGAAGAUCUUGAUGAGCUGCCUUUUUUUAGCUUACGUCAAGUAGCCAAGGCUACGGAUAAUUUCAACAUCAACAAUAAGGUUGGAGAAGGUGGCUUUGGUCCUGUAUACAAGGGUGUGCUGGAAGAUGGACAGGAAGUAGCUGUGAAGCGGCUCUCGGAAACAUCGCAACAAGGGCUUGAUGAGUUCAAGAACGAAGUCAUUUGUAUUGCCAAACUUCAACAUCGAAAUCUUGUGAAGCUUCUUGGGUACUGCAUUCAUGCAAAUGAACUGAUUUUGAUUUAUGAAUACAUGAGGAACAAAAGCUUGGACUGGUUUCUAUAUGAUGAAACCAAAUGUUUGAUGCUUGACUGGCCUCAGCGUUUUCACAUCAUCCAUGGGAUGGCUCGAGGUAUUCUUUAUAUACAUCAAGAUUCCCGCCUUCAAAUCAUCCAUAGAGAUCUCAAGGCAGGUAAUAUUCUGCUGGAUGAUGACAUGAACCCAAAAAUCUCUGACUUUGGCCUCGCUAGAAAGUUCAAAGGAUUUGAUAAUGCUGCAAAAACAAAGAAAGUGGUUGGAACAUAUGGCUACAUUUCUCCGGAAUAUGCAGUACAUGGAAGGUUCUCUACAAAGUCAGAUGUAUUUAGCUUUGGUGUUCUGGUAUUGGAGAUAGUGAGUGGGAAGAAAAACAGAGAAUUUUCUCAUGAAGAUCAUAGAGACAAUCUUCUUGGACAUGGCUGGCGACUCUACAAAGAAGACAGAGCUAUUGAACUCGUGAGCUUGUCAUUACGCAACUCAUGCAUUGUCUCAGAAGUACUACGAUCAAUACAUGUUGGGUUAUUGUGUGUACAACAUCAUGCAGAAGAUAGGCCAACUAUGUUGUCAGUGGUUCUGAUGCUGGUUAGCGAGGGUGUGUUGCCUCAACCCAAACAACCAGCUUUUUUCACCGGAGAGAGCUGUCGUGAACUUGACCCUGAUGCAUCAGUUGAUGAAUGCACAAUAACACAAUUGUAUGCUCGAUAGGAAGCAUAUGUAACUAGGUCUGCUGCAGUAGACACGAUAACUACAAAUCAAGCAAUCAAAGAUGGUGACAUCAUUGUUUCAAAUGGUGAGAUGUAUGAACUGAGCUUUUUCAGCCCUGGAAAGUCCAAAGAUCAAUACCUGGGGAUAUGGUACAAGAAUAUAUCAACCGGUACCGUUGUAUGGGUUGCUAACCGAGUGAAACCAUCAACGAUACAUCCGGUGUUUUUGAAGUCAGUAGAGAAGGAACCCUCCAGAUUCUCAGUUCUGGCAAUAUUGUGAUCUGUGAGUGAACAAGUUCAUAAGCAAACAACACGAUGGACGCUUAUCAAGGGUUCCCUGUGAAUUAAUUUAUUAAUGUAGAUAAGUGUUCACCAGUCACAUAUAUGUACACAUUCAGGUAUAUGUUCACUAAUGAACAUGUUCAUAUAUGUUAUAUUUUCAUCGGUGAACAAUGUUCAUGUGCUACUAAUAUAUGACAAUUAUUCAUUAGUUCACACUAUUCGUAAGUUACACAUUACAUAUUAAUAAAUGAAG